CGAGGAGAUAUCUGCCUUCAAUUUCAAUAUUGACUUGGCGAUGUCAUACUUUGAUUAAUCAACCCACUUCUAGGCAGCAAAUCAUCUUUCGUGUCAUGACCGCGCGGUCUUACAAAUUAUCUAUGAAGCAAAUCAGAUCUACAGGGUCGUAGCUUAUUGUUGCUCAGCCACCAUGCGCAGUAGCCCAUAAUAUAUAGUAAGUAGGUAAGGCACCUACCGGUAUGACUAUACCGCAGCUGCAUUUGUCAAAUAAAUUCAGUUACCUGGUGUUUUGUUUACUGAGCCCACGUUGAAGAAUACCCCAAGAAGCUCAUUGCUUUUCGGAUGACAAGAAGAUGGAGGGGCAUGGCGGGGUAAUAAAAGCUUUAGUAUUGUACCUUGGCCAGCAAGGAUUAGAGCAACCACAGAGAAAAAGCAACGGUAAUCCAGAAAAGCACCAAGGUUUUGUGAAACAGCUGGCACAAAACAAGGUAUGCGAUCGAAGACAAAAGUCAUACUUCGAAGGAAAGAUACUGGACUAAAGUUGAAAUUCUGAAUUGCAAUGGCAAACUAGCAGUAUGGGAGGUACUUGUGGAUGGCCGUUUACACAGUGAUGUUUUCUCAACUGGCCGCUAAACCGUUACCGGACCGAAGCUUCUUGAACCUUCUCGAGUCGCGCAACUCGACAUCAGAGCUGCAAGCUGCAGGGAAAAAAUAGAAGCACGUCGCGUACCACUUUAUGCAGUCACAUAUAAGUUACUUUUUUUUUUCUUUUUUGAUACUGUCUGCGAAGAACGACAAUCUGAUAGAGGGGCUUCCGACAACCUAGCGUUGAACACCACUCCGACAUUCCAAUCCGCCUGUCCAAACCAGCACAGAACAAAACCCCGAAUAAAUAAAACAAAGCACAAAAUACCAUAGAAUAUCAAGAUGGGAGACAAAAACUUGAACGCCCUCUUGAAAUGGAGCAUUGAGAACACCAACACCGACGGCAGUGCGCCGGCCGCAGGAGCAGACCAGCAGCAGGAGCUACAGCGCCCUGACCCGGAGGUUCUCGCAGCACUAUUUGGCGGUCCCUCAGAAGCCGAGCUGAUGAAGGCUGCCAUGGACGUCAUCACCAGCACAGAGCCAGAUGUCACGCUCGACAACAAGUUGAUAGCCUUUGACAACUUCGAGCAGCUGAUUGAGUCGCUGGACAACGCCAACAACCUCUCCAAGCUCUCACUCUGGACACCCCUGCUUGGCCUUCUGGACAGCGACCACCCGGACCUGCGGCGCAUGGCCGCGUGGUGCAUCGGCACCGCCGUUCAGAACAACGAGCCCUGCCAGGAACGCUUAUUAGCACUCGGCGGGCUGCCGAGCCUGGUCAAACUGGCCACCGCCGAAGACCAGAGGGAGGAUGUAAGGCGCAAGGCCGUCUAUGCCCUGAGCUCAGCUGGCCGAAACUACCAGCCGGCUAUGGACGUGAUAGUCGAGGAGGUGGGCAAGCAGGGAGGCAAGUCGGACAAGGUUGACGCAACCAACAUGGACGCUGUAGAUGCAGUCAUCGAUCUGCUCAAGGCGGGCAUUCCCAAGAAAUCUUGAAGACGACACAAUCGCAACGAAAGAUUUGGAUAAAUGAUAGAGGCAUAAGGGACUGGGAAUUUUAGUAAUAGGCGCGGCAUGUUGGGCGGGUUGACCGGCGUUUGGCGUAUUCUGGGUGAUAAAUGAUACCUUGCUUCACAUGCAAACGAUUUCAUCUCAAAACAUGGAAGAUUCAAGGAAAUUGAACAUAGUGUCUAAAGUUUUUUUUUUUUCCAGAGGGCAUUACACAAAAUGUACAGAAUGUGUU